GAAUUCAAAAUUACAGACGACCGAGAGAAAUCAAAACCGGAAGAAAAGCAAGAGAAAUCAAAGAUCUUAAAUUCAUUGAAGCAAUGGAUGUUUACGGGUGAAAAAAAGACCACAUUUAGCGAGACUUUUGGCUUAAUUCAAAGCAACUCCAUAACACUUAGGAACCUUAUUGUGGCGGUAUCAACUUACGGCCUCGAACGACUUCUCAACGCCAAAGCAUUUAACUGCCCGGAAGAGAAUUACAAACAGUAUGGCUACGUGUUCUUGUUCGCUCCAGUUGUUAUUCUCUUCUGCUUGAAUUUGUUGGUUAUUGGCGAGAUCUGGAAACUGUCGUCCAGAAUGUGCAUCAAACGCUAUAGAAGGAGAGGAGAUCGCGUCGCUCGAGUUUUGCCAAGUUUACUCAAGGCUUGUGUUGGGCCAGCUGUAUGGCUGAUUGUGGCAUUUCUGGAAGAAGAUUAUUACCUCUGCGCCAAGCUGGGGUCCUUACCUUCAAGAGGCAACAGAACAAGCGAGCAGAAAGUUGUUGAAUAUAAGAGUCAAUCACAUGUCUUGGCUUGGGGUGUUCUCGUCGCGAUUGUCAUUCUGGGUACAGCAAUGAUAGUGUUGAAGAACUGCUAUCUUAAAGACAAUCUUCUUAUGGAAAGUAAGUAUAAAAAUCGACAAAAAUUUCGAAAAUAAGAAGAGCACUAGACGCAGAGUUUCAGUGUGUGGCGGAUAGUGCUAAAAUUUAAACUAGCAUUAACUAGGAAAUUUGGUUUAGUAAUUUGAUAAGGUCAAGAUCGUGUGGUCAAUGAAAAAUGAUGUUUAAAAGCUGGCGUUUCGAGUUAAUGCCCUUCGUAGGUGAUUCUAGCUUUCGUUUUGAAAUGACGAAUGUCCUAAAACAGAGAACAACGCGGAAAAUUGAAGAGAAUAUUUUUUUAUAAGUGACGGGUUAACAUACCGUAAACUUUCGCUUAUAAGCCCUGGGCUUAUACAACUUCGUAAAUGGUUUUAGGAAGGCUUAUAAAUAAAGUGGGGGGGGAGGGAGGGGAGGGCCUUACAACCAGACGAAAAAGAGGGUUUCAUAACAAGUUAUACGACAGUGCUGAUCAAAAUACUUUUUUACGUCGUAAAAAAUCGAUCUCAUUUCAAUACAAGCUAGUUAAGGGGGGGGGGGGGGCAGGGCUUAUAUUCGGAGGGCUUAUAACCGGAUGUACUUUUUUGUUCACAGGUAGAUGGGCCUAUAACUGGGGGGCUUAUAAGUGGGGGGAGAGGGCUUGUUAGUGGGGGACUUAUAGCUGGGGGGCUUAUAAUCGAAACUUUACAGUAUUUGUGCGAGGUGAAGAUUGGCAUAAUCCUUUUAUAAAAAAGGAUCGAAACCAAAUAGUGACCAUGUUGAUGACUAUGAAUUUCAUGAUUAAGCAAACUACGUUUUCCUAGAUAAAACUGAAUGCUUUAUUUUCUGGUUUCCAGAUCUCUAUGCCUAUGAAAGACGAGAGGCCCUAAGCGCAAUGAAAACAUUCACAGAACAUAUGGGUGGUUCACUAAAGGAUGCUAAACUCGACAACGACCCAAAGACGUCCGAGUACGGCAGCAAAGAGGAAAAGGUUACACUUUAUGAUGAUGGCAUUCCUGAAAAGAUUGGAAAGAAAACAGUUGAGAAAUUAUUUGAAGGUGAGAGUGAAAGAGCUUGGCAUGGCUACACCCUCAGAUUAAUCAGGAAAUGAGAAAAUAACUGAGCACUAGCAAGAGUGAAACAGUCUGACCAGUACCGGGAGCCGAUUACCCGGAGCCUCCAUAUGUGCUAUAACCUUGAGUCAAACCUUUCCCGUACGUUUUAAUACAUACUUUUAGAACUAAAAAUGUUUCCGCGGACGUCCACCCAGACACAAAAGAAAGAAAAUGGCAGCAGAGUGGGAACCUUUCUCUUUUUUCCCUCAUCGGUUUCCUUUGAAAAUUUGUUCCGCGUUUCCUCCUUUUCUCCUAACAACACUUUAUUAAAGGAGCUGAGUCGAGAAAUUUAUCAAAAUUCUAACAAUAGGAGAUACCAGCAAGUUGAGUAAAGCAUAAAAAUAAGAAGAUAUAAAAAGAAAGUAUAAAUAUUACAGCGAAUACAAUGAUAAACACUUGGCAGGUAUAUUUGUUGGACAGAAAGCUGUGUUUUUGUCAUUUACCAGUAAUUUUUUCGCUAACGUUAUAGGAUAAAGCACUGUUUAGAAACAUUCCUUUUAGUUGUACAAAUUUGUAACAAAUGAAACAAAAGAAUCUUCUGUGAAAAGAACCAAUCCGCUUCUGGUUGGCACAUUAAUAAUAAUAAUAAUAAUAAUAAUAAUAAGAAGAAGAAGAAGAAGAAGAAGAAGAAGAAGAUAUAACGAAGAGACACUUAAAUAGUGUAUUGAGCACUGUUUAACGGCUUUAGCCACUUUAUUACACGUAAUAAUAAUAAUAUAAGCUUAUAUAGCGCUGUUUCUAGAAAUUCAACAGCGCUUUACAAUAGAGUACUAAAGUGAUGACGUCAUAAAAAUGAAAUUUCUGAAAUUAUGGGAUUUGUCAGGAUAUUCUGAAAGAACAAUGUCCAAGAGGUCUACUUGCGAAAAAUGACCAUUUCGGGGCAAAUUGUCUCUGAGAUGUUAGCCGGUUAUACUCGGAAAACUCCAUACAAACCCUUUUAAUUUUUUGGGGGGUCGACCCAAAAAAAUUUAAAAGGGUUUGUAUGGAGUUUUCUAAACAUAACUGGGCUACGAUCUCGGAGACAAUUUGCCCCGAAAUGCUCAUUUUUAGCAAGUAGGCCUCUUGGACAUUGUUCUUUCAGAAUAUCCUGACAAAUCCCAUAAUUUCAGAAAUUUCAUUUUUAUGACGUCACACUUUAGUACUCUAUAGUACAGUUAAAAUAAUAAAAGCUAUCAUUCAAACUAAUUAAUUAAAAACUGAAACUACCAAAUAAAAUAACGCCUAAAAGAAAUGUCUUCAACUAAGAUUUAAAAACAGUCAGUGAAUUGCAAGAUCUUAGAUCUGCUGGAAGACUGUUCCACAGUUCAGGGGCAGCACAAGAAAAGGCCCUUUGCCCGUAUGUUUUAAGUUUAUAUUUCGGUGUUACAAGGAGAGAUUUACCCGAGGAGGGCAAUGUUCUCCAAGGAUUGGAACAGUAUUACUCGACCAACUACUCCAGCCAGUGUUGUCUGACAUGUUAUGAUUUCGUUAAAGGUUAUGAGGGUGGCGGCUGGUACUUCACUAGGGCUUACGAAGAUUUCAAGAACAUGUAUCCUCGUAUUUCCACUGGAAGCCCAUUCGACCCUUGGAGAAUGGUCGAAGGGGAUCACCAUGAUAAAAGGACCGACAGUGUGAGCUGCGGGGACUAGCUGAAGCCCUUUCAGCCAACGGCGGUGACCAAACUGAUCGGAAGACCUUUUAAGUCGGAUGAUGAAGCAGAAUCUAUGAUGGUAUAAACAAUCAAAAUCUGCUACUUCUAAAUCAAAUCUUUUUUAUGAACUUUACUUCCAUUAACUUUACAGAGAAAAAGUUCGGGAAAUCAGUUUAUGCCUAAGGGCUCCGUAACUUAAAGAUGAUUUCCUCCAAAGAGGUUCCAUGCAAUCACGAAUAAUUCAUUCUGAUGUCUGUCAUCGGUGAUAAAAUAAACAGGAGCAUGAAACGUCAAUUUUAGGAAAAUGAUCUGUUCGGAAGACAAUUUGAAAUCUAGAAUUUUCGUAACAUUUGUUGUAAAAUUUCUUGCUUGCCUGCCUCUCUUAGGAUUUUCGAACAUAUCAAAAAUGGUAUAGUUGCCCAUUUUUAACGAUUUUGUACCCUAAAAAGGUCACCUAGAAUUUUCCGGAGCCUUUUUUCUGGCUGAAAUUUUCGAAAAGGUAAGUUUUGAUCUCUAUAAUGUUCCGAUCACUGGACUUUCAGCUAGGAAAUCCGAACAGAUGAAAAAUUUUUAGAAGAUAAAAACAUGCCUAUAUCUACCGUUUAAAAACUAAAAUACGUUCAUCAAUUCUAUGUUUAAGUGGUUUUGAACUAUAUUCUCAUUGGGUGCCCCCUGAAAUAAAUGCUAAAAUGCACCUUCUCAAUACUUGUGGAGUGGUCUCAGCUGAGAUUACCCCCUGGGAAAAAGCGAAAUAAUUUCUUGAGUAUUUUAUUCCAUCGUUUUUGUACACAGUUAUAUAUUUAGUACAAUCUUUAAGCAGAGACAUCUAUUUAAAUAGCUAACAGCUGGUCAUAAAGAGACCUGUAGAAACAGAAACCAUCUAACGAAUACAAAAAAUUACAAUCAUUAAGAUUACUAGCAUAUGUAAAUUCGUUUAACCUAGCUAACUGAGGAACAAAUUAUUGAUUAAACUUUUUUUAUGGAGACAGUUAGAAGCUAUAAAGGAAGUAAAUUAUAGAAGCAAUAAUAAAAAACAUAACAAACAUCAAACUGAGCUGAACUUGAAAUAAGUUAGUGUCCAAGAAACUGUAAUCUAGCAGCUACUAGUAAAGUGUUUCCUCAUUGGUCGCAUAAAACAAUAACACGACAACACAUCAUCGUUUAUUAUUAUUUCCCAUUGUUUCACGGUUAGGGUACCGAACCAAUUGGCUUUUAGGAUUAGAAGAGCCCCAAGAAAACGCUAGGUCUCUUGCGUCCCAGUGUCAUCAUCACCUGGUACCUGGGGACGCUGAGUGGGAAAGACUUGUCAACAUAUCUCAGUUUAGACAGCAGUAUUUCGUGGUUAGUAUUGUAUCAAAAGCUUUUCUCAUAUCUAGUAUCGACAAGACCGCUGUCAGUUGCUUCUUAUACAUCGCGCUUAAGGUGGCUCGACUAAAUUUUUUAGGAGCGAUACCUUCCAAGUUUGAGCGCCAUUAAUAAGGAAACAGGACAAAAGACCACCACAACUAUAUCACUCAAUGGUGAACUUUUUUUUUUGUGGGCAGUUUUAUAUUGACAGAACAGUUGUCAUAGUAACGUAAUGACGCCAUUGCCUAUGUUACUUGCUACAGUAUUUCUCGAAACUAGAAUUUUUUUUUGCCAAAAUGAUUCAAGGGUACUUGUUCCUCAAAUAGCCGCCUCAAUACUUGUUGCUAAAAAAAAAAGAUCCAGUGGAACCUUAAAUAUCACGAUGUCCGUAGUUGAUUGCAGCUUUAUGCGGUUUCCGUACAGGUUCAGAAGACAGGUGGUCCCUCGGGAUAAGGUAAGCCGUGAACUCAUUCGAGUUCACGGCUUAUCUUAUCUAAGGUGUACGAAUGAGGCCACUCAUUCGUGCACCGUAUAUAAUACGGGAAAUAUUAUAGGAUGAGGCUGAUUGUGAUAUUAAGAAUUAUGCAGAUUGAGGAGGAUAAUACCUUCUGCUGCGCCUCCGUCUUGACUUACGUCAAUGGCAGAUAAUUUUCAGUUUACAAUCACCUGCGUCUGAGUGACUGACGUCAAUGAUUUAGCUGGCUAUGAAGAAUUAGCCAGGAGAUUAUAGCCAAUCAAAAACGGAGAGAUAUUUUGAACGAAUAAUAAUAGCACGUAAUAGAACAACAGUCAAACCUGUAUUAAGCGAAGCUCUAUCUAGCUAUCACCCAUAUCUAUUACGCGGUCACCUACCGAAGUCUACCAAAGUCCCGAAAAUCAUUUCUCUCAGUUACUGUAAAACUGAUCUAUAUUAAACUACCCUGCUAGCAGGCUAGUUUUCCUAGAUAAAACUGAAUGCUUUAUUUUCUGGUUUCCAGAUCUCUAUGCCUAUGAAAGACGAGAGGCCCUAAGCGCAAUGAAAACAUUCACAGAACAUAUGGGUGGUUCACUAAAGGAUGCUAAACUAGACAACGACCCAAAGACGUCCGAGUACGGCAGCAAAGAGGAAAAGGUUAUACUUUAUGAUGAUGGCAUUCCUGAAAAGAUUGGAAAGAAAACAGUUGAGAAAUUAUUUGAAGGUGAGAGUGAAAGAGCUUGGAAUGGCUACACCCUCAGAUUAAUCAGGAAAUGAGAAAAUAACUGAGCACUGGCAAGAGUGAAACAGUCUGACCAGCAGCCGAUUACCCGGAGCCUCCAUAUGUUCUAUAACCUUGAGUCAAACCUUUCCCGUUUUAAUACAUACUUUUAGAACUAAAAGUGUUUCCGCGGACGUCCACACAGACACAAAAGAAAGAAAAUGGCAGCAGAGUGGGAACCUUUCUCUUUGUUCCCUCAUCGGUUUCCUUUGAAAAUUUGUUCCCGUGUUUCCUCCUUUUCUCCUAACAACACUUUAUUAAAGGAGCUGAGUCAUGAAAUUUAUCAAAAUUCUAACAAUAAGAGAUACCAGCAAGUUGAGUAAAGCAUAAAAAUAAGAAGAUAUAAAAAGAAGGUAUAAAUAUUACAGCGAAUACAAUGAUAAACACUUGGCAGGUAUAUUUGUUGGACAGAAAGCUGUGAUUUUGUCAUUUACCAGUAAUUUUUUCGCUAACGUUAUAGGAUAAAGCACUGUUUAGAAACAUUUCUUGUUGUUGUACAAAUUUGUAACGAGUGAAACAAAAGAAUCUUCUGUGAAAAGGACCAAUCCGCUUCUGCUUGGCACAUUAAUAAUAAUAAUAAUAAUAAUAAUAAUAUAAGCUUAUAUAGCGCUGUUUCUAGAAAUUCAACAGCGCUUUACAAUAGUACAGUUAAAAUAAUAAAAGCUACCAUUCAAACUAAUUAGUUAAAAACUGAAACUACCAAAUAAAAUAACGCCUAAAAGAAAUGUCUUCAACUAAGAUUUAAAAACAGUCAGUGAAUUGCAAGAUCUUAGAUCUUCUGGAAGACUGUUCCACAGUUCAGGGGCAGCACAAGAAAAGGCCCUUUGCCCGUAUGUUUUAAGUUUAUAUUUCGGUGUUACAAGGAGAGAUUUGCCCGAGGAGGGCAAUGUUCUCCAAGGAUUGGAACAGUAUUACUCGACCAACUACUCCAGCCAGUGUUGUCUGACAUGUUAUGAUUUCGUUAAAGGUUAUGAGGGUGGCGGCUGGUACUACACCAGGGCUUACGAAGAUUUCAAGAACAUGUAUCCUCGUAUUUCCACUGGAAGCCCAUUCGACCCUUGGAGAAUGGUCGAAGGGGAUCACCAUGAUAAAAGGACCGACAGUGUGAGCUGCGGGGACGAGCUGAAGCCCUUACAGCCAACGGCGGUGACCAAACUGAUCGGAAGACCUUUGAAGUCAGAUGAUGAAGCAGAAUCUAUGAUGGUAUAA